CGCCGUCGGAGCAUCCCCAUGCACAGACCCAAGGUCUGCACCAGGACCGGCACCUCUGCACCUCCCCAUGGUGCUGUGCCCAGAGGAAGAGCAUCACCAGCGUGGGUGUGGGCCAGGGCCACUACCCCGAAGACCACAGCAGCGCUCGAGGCCUCAUUUCCUUUGCGGCCGCGGCAUCGUCUAUGCCUUAGUGAAGAGCUGGAGGCUGCCUGGUGUGGUGGCUGCAGCCUUCAUCACCGUGCCUCUGGGUGAUGGAGGAUGAGGAGGGCUACACCGUGCUGAAGUUUGGGGCAAAAUGCAGCGCCCCACGGAGGCAGCAAGGCGGUGGGAUGGCAGGAUUCCCUCGACGCCAGUACCUGGUCACCAGCACCGGAUGGGCUUUGAGCACUGGUUUGGCUGUAGCGGUGAUAACCUUGGGGCUAAGAGUCUGGCAAUUGCACGACUCGGGACAGUGCUAUAUGACUCUCAACACAUCAGCCACCGACACCGAAAACUGGGAGAAUGGAUGCAGAGGCUGCCUGGAGAGAUUUCAGCUGCAGCUGAAAGCAGCCCUGUGCAACGCACCCGAGAUGGAUGGCAGAGGGUGCCUGCUGUGUCCCCGGGACUGGUUGCAGCACGGGAACUGGUGUUACUGGGUGUCCCACGAGAGCCGGGACUGGCAGAGGAGCCGGGACGACUGCGCCCAAAAGGGCUCUGCCCUCUUCAUCAUCCGGAACCAGGAGCAGAUGCACGUGCUCCAGGAUGUCACGCAGGGAAGGGGCUACGUCUGGAUCGGGCUGGCGGUGACAGGGGCCAAAGGCACCUGGACGUGGCUGGAUGGCUCCAUGCUGGACACCAAGCAGUUCCGCAUCUUGGGCUCGGCCACCAGCGGCAGCUGCGCCCUGAUGAAAGGUUCCCAAAUUCGCUCCGAGGGCUGCAACGCCGAGUCCAGAUGGGUCUGUGAGAAGGAUGCUGUUGCCCUGUAGCCACCCCAUGUCCAGUCUUGGGUCCCCAGGGCUUGGGGGGCAAACACCUGCCCCCCUCCUCUUCCUUGGCACCCAAGCAAAGGGUGAAUGAGGAGGAAUGCAUUUCUACCCCAGCUCCUUUUGCUGGCUUGCAGCAGGGCACAGGGAAAGCCCAACUGCAGCCAGGAUCCUGAUGGAUAGGGACAACAUUGCUGUCCUCCACAGGCUUGCAGGGGGAGAAAGGGGAUCAAUCCCAAAGCCACCAGAGCUGUGGUCAUGAAGUUUGGUCCUUCCCACAGCCCUAGAUAACAUUAAAUACAG